AUGGAACAACAAGUAUCGGAAGGAUUCGAAGAUCCUCAAAAGAGAAUUUCUGUAAAGAGAUCCAAAGAUGUUCAAGAAAGAAUUAACGAGGAGAGGAGAAUGGCGGUGGUUACGACUAAAGAAAUUCUUCAGGCAAACAUUUUUUCACCUUUGUUUAAUGCAAGGCAAAAUAAUGUGACCUUUGACAUACCACCUCCAAUUUCGGAACCUCUAAUGGAAGCAAAGGAUGCAAUGGAUGCGAUGGAAGAG